CACUUGUUUUUAAAUAAAAGCGGAGUUUCCUUGUAAAAAUAAAUCUGAAAUGAACUUCGAAUUUAGUGGUUUAUUAAAAGAACUCAUUUCUGUCUAACUGUAAAUACCGGACGAUAUUGGAAGAGAUUGAAAAAAUACCGUUUUUUAUUAGCGUUGUAUUCGUGAGCAUUGAAGAUGCGUUCCAUAUACAUUCUACAGAUAUUAUCUGCAUAAACAGCUGUUUCUUAUUAUUGAUAACAUAAGAUGCCGUUGUUCUGCAUUCGGAUAUUUUUUAAUUAAUUUUUGUUACUCCUCUUUGGCUUAAUGAUAAAACGCGUUAUGGCGGACAUUGAUGUAAAAGCCGGUUUGCAACAAAUACUUAAACGAAUUGAUGCCGCUUACGAACAAAGGCCAAAGGAUUUGGAGGCCGGUAAACCUUUCUUGGUGGCUGUUAGUAAAACAAAACCCAUUGAAAUGAUAAUCGAUGCUUAUUCAGUGGGUCAACGUCAUUUUGGCGAAAAUUACGUCCAAGAAUUGGUUGACAAAAGUCAACAUCCAGAAAUUUUACAAAAAUGCCCUGACAUUAAGUGGCACUUUAUCGGACAUUUGCAAAACAAUAAAGUAAAUAAGAUUCUAAAACUACCUAACAUUCACUUAAUACAAACGGUGGAUACCGAAAAGUUGGCUGAUAACUUGAAUAAUUCUUGGAAAAAAUUGGAAAUUGACAAUAAGCAACCACUAAGGGUGUUAAUACAAAUCAAUACUAGUGGCGAGGAUGCUAAGAAUGGUAUAGAACCGAAUGAAGCUUCAAGACUUUACAAGCACAUUAGAGAGAAUCUAACAAAUUUGCGAGUGGAUGGUGUGAUGACAAUAGGAGCAUUUGGUCAUGAUUAUACGAAAGGACCAAAUCCAGAUUUUGUAUGCUUAAUGAAAGUGCAUCGACAAAUAUGCGGAGAUUACCAGUUGAAACCGGAAGAAGUGCAAGUGUCGAUGGGAAUGUCUGAUGAUUUUGAAAAAGCGAUUGAAGUGGGUAGUACCAUAGUGCGUGUGGGCAGUUCUAUUUUUGGUCAUCGAGCAAAGCAAUCUAUAUAAGUCAUAUCAUAUACAAAAGCUUUAUAAAUAAUUACAUUGUUUUCUGUGUUAUUGUAUAAGUAACUUAAGCCUAUACGUAUGCAUUUUUUUUCUGUUUAACACAAGAAUCUAUCUGGUGCUAAAUGACGUACUACAUCUGUGUAAAGGGUCUAGAAAUUUAUAAAAUGUAAACAAGUUUUGUAUAGAAUGUUUGUGUGCAUAUAUAUAGUUAUAGAUAAAUAGACAUACACAUGCAUACACACAUACGAGGGUAUAUAAAUAUAAACACAUUUAUUUGUAGAUUGUUCUCGUUACGCUUACGUCCGAAGGCGUGGGAGUUACAUUAGAUUCGUCUUUGCGGUUGUAACAUGCACAAAUAUAUAUUAGAAAGUCGACAAUUACAAUAUUCGUCAACAGAAUAUGACUUGAUUUACUGGACUUUUCAGUAUUAAUUAGAGAGAGGAAACUUUAGUUUUUCCAAAUUAUUUUCGUUGACUUGAAAAUCACCCCAAGUAUAUCCAAAAGGCCAACAAAAAUCCUAAGAACAUUCAAACAUGAGCUUUUACUUAUUUAUAACCAAUAGCGGAUAUCGGCCCAAAAAUUUGAUGCGAAGAUUUGUCCAUCUGCGGUAUAACCUCUUUAAAAAUCUUGCAUACCAGUAAUGAACGUAAACGCUUUAUUAUUUCACAUUUAUUUCAGUUAAAAUGUAAAUAAGGUUUGUAUUUGACAUGAACGUAAUCUCCUUACUCGUCGCACCACCAAUCAAAAAAUAUUUUAGAACAAUUUUGAUCGACAUCUUGCACUACAACGGGAAGACGCUACCAUUGUAUGCAUUAAGAUGUUAAGACAAAUGAUCCAUCUUAAAGAUGAAUUAGAUAUAACACAAAAAUAUCACCUACGUAACUAUAAAUUAAUGAUAUAUAGAUCUGCAAAAUUUUCCGUGUAAGCAAGUCAACAAAGGAGAUGCUAAUGCGCUCCUGAGUGAAUAAGGCGGAAAAGACAUUAAAAACAAAAAAAAUCCGGCUGCAAAUUAUCAACACAAUUCCGUUUGCGUGGGUAGUGGCCUCUUCAAUGUAUUUGGGCUGUGCCCAUAGCGAAUAUCCUUUAAGGGUGGGUCAAAGUUAACAUUGUAACAUAUCACUCAACAGGUUAACAGGGCGACAUGCUCCCACUAUAGACGAUAGUUUUUGCUACUUUUGUAAAACUCUGUCGCAUUUCGCUUAAACAUUGAUUCUAUCUAAAAGUCAUAAAGAUUUGUCAAUAAUGCCGAGCUUAUUCAGUGAUUUGUUGUAUGUAUGUGUAACAUUAUAAAUUAGUCGGUUUUUGGAACGCUUCGGCGCAAAAAUAGAGAGAUGAAUUGAUAUCUGGCGGUUAGGGUAUAUGCUCUCGGCUGAUUGUGUGAUCGUGUGCAAUAUGAUCUGAACCCAACUAAGAGGAACCGAACAGGUAAAAAUCGCGACUACUAAGUCAUUGUUCGCGGGUGCCAAUCUCAGUGCGGUAAAGUUUAAUUUGAUUGAUAGAUUGUGGGGGUUACUCAGUUGGUAAAGGCGAAGCACACACCCACUUGAUUUUUACCGACUCCCGAUCUCUUUCCCUUUCUUCGCUUUUUUCUGAUAGUCACCAUAUAAAACGAGUACGUUAUAAGUCUCCUACUUUAAUGGUCAUAUUAAAGAAAAGUAUAUAUAUAUAUAUAUAUCGGUUAUAAGCAAAGAACAUGUAUUAAACCCGAACUAGAAGCAAAUAUCUAUAGAAAUGAGCGAAAACUUUUAUGCGAGAAUGGACGUGCUACAUUUGCGAACAUGCGAGAUUUUAGCGUACAGCCGAAGUAAAAAUGAAUGUAAAUAUUAUGUAGAACUGUCCAUAACGUUGGUUCAGGAAGAUUCUAAUCACUCAAAACGGACAAUUUCCUUAAAUGAUGGGUAUUCAAAGUUCGUUUUAAGACAAAUAUUAAUUUCUUUCUUUUUUUUUACUUGUUUUCGUUUCGAAUUAUUUAACUGACGAGGUCAAAUGCAAAACCCCAUUCCCUUCGUUCAUUCUGAUAAAAGCUGAUAAAUCACUAAACAGUUUUUUGAAUGACUAUACGAGAGAUAUUUUUUCGAAAUAAGUUGAAGUAAAUAUUUUUGGUUACUAUUAAAUAUGUAUAUCAAGCCUCGCGAUGGCGAUUAGCCAAACAAUUGAAAUAAAAAAUUUUCUUUACUUUAUUUCUAUUUACAGAAUAUACUCAGAAUAUAUAUAUACUUAUACAUUAGCCGACACACAUUCAUGGGAUCGAAAGAGAAUAUAAAAAAUUGAAAAAAAUUCGAUGCUUAUGAUUAUGAUUCAUGGGGGACGAAACGGCUGUGCGGUUCUAUCAAUUCAAUUUGUUUUCCCCUUCUUUGUAUAUAAGAUUUAUUCCUCACCCACAUUGUUUAGAAAUUUGAAAAAGAAAAAAAAAAGCACAAGAAACAUUAAUUAUUAUAUUAUUCUUGUGUUGCGUUUAAUGCCGAUUCUUUCUGUUUCAUCUCAUUUGAAUUUUCUAGUUUUGAAAUGUAUUACGAUUUCUUUGGCGAUUAGCCAAAGUGUUCUCUAUGCAAAACGCAACUAUUUCGCAAAUUUUCAUUAUGUCUCUCUUUUUUUUUACGUUUUAUUUUCUGUCAGUCUUCAAGUGUAAUUUUUGAAAUUUUUUCUGCACACAAUUUAUUUUUUUUUGGUUUCCAAAUGUGCAGGAAGUCUUACAGACGCCAUAUAUUUAUUGUCUUUCAACAUUUUUCGAAAUCAAUCGGAAAAGAAAUAAUUUCAUGCUUGAUUAUUAUUUACGUUACAAGAGAAAUCUAUUAAACUUAAAUCCUAUUUUCAAUUUAUUUAAGCGAAUAUAUGAGUAUAUGAAUUAUAUUUUACAAAUUUUCUUAUUUCAAAAUUUUCAUAUAUGAUAAAAAUUGGUGAAAUCCAUAGGCGAAAUGCCGAAAAAGGAUCUGGUUUGGUUGGGGUUCAUGAAAUACAUCGAGCGGAAUCACCAGGUAUACUAGAACUUAUUGCUCUUGCAAAACAGUACUAAGGCAUUGCAGAUUGGUAAUGUAGAUAAGCAUUAAAAGUCGUUCAAUUACAUUCGAAUACCAUUUGAGUUUC